GAACCCCAAACCCUCUCGCACCCAAUCCGUCCCCAAUCCCCUCCUCGUCCACUCCUCCUCCCGCACUAGCGGAGAGCGGCCAUGGCCGCCUGCUCCUUCGCCGCCGUCGUGGUCUCCUCCGCCACCCCCGCCGCCAAGCCCCUCGCCCCGCACUCCCACUCCCACUCCCUCUCCCUCCCCCGCUCCGCCGCCAGGCCCCUCCGCCUCGCCGCCGCCUCCUCCUCCAGAUCCGCCCGGGCCAGCAGCUUCGUCGCCCGCGCCGGCGGUGUGGACGAUGCGCCGCUGGUCGGCAACAAGGCGCCCGACUUCGAGGCCGAGGCCGUCUUCGACCAGGAGUUCAUCAACGUGAAGCUAUCUGAUUACAUCGGGAAGAAGUACGUGAUUCUGUUCUUUUACCCAUUGGACUUCACCUUCGUCUGCCCAACCGAGAUUACCGCUUUCAGUGACAGAUAUGAGGAGUUUGAGAAGUUGGACACUGAGAUCCUCGGUGUUUCAAUUGACAGUGUGUUCUCCCAUCUUGCAUGGGUUCAGACAGACAGGAAGUCUGGUGGGCUUGGUGAUCUGAAAUAUCCGUUGAUUUCAGAUGUUACUAAAUCAAUUUCAAAGUCCUUUGGUGUCUUGAUCCAUGACCAGGGAAUUGCUCUGAGAGGACUUUUCAUCAUUGAUAAGGAGGGAGUGAUUCAGCACUCUACUAUUAACAACCUUGCCAUUGGACGCAGCGUAGAUGAGACCAUGAGGACCCUUCAGGCGUUGCAGUACGUCCAAGACAACCCGGACGAGGUCUGCCCGGCUGGAUGGAAGCCCGGCGACAAGUCGAUGAAGCCCGACCCCAAGGGCAGCAAGGAGUACUUCGCGGCCAUCUGAGAAAGCGCGCGUGCGCCCAAGACGACGGCGAGGAGCACAGGCUUCGCUGCCGGUGUUCCCACCGGUGGAUGUAGAGUUUUUGCUUUCGCGAGAGCCAUUGCGUUGCGUUGCAGUUUGCAGUUGCGUUCUGUGCCAAGAGUGUGGUACCCCGUGUGCUUGUCUGAUCGGACGUUGUCCUUCGCCACCCUUGUCCCCUAGUAACAAAUAAGGCUUGUUUUUGGUCCGUGUUAUACGUGUUGGUGCAUCCAAGCUUCCAAGGGGUUUGGUUUU